AUGUUAUGUCAAGAAGCCGAUUACACACUGGAUGAUUCAUUUUGGAAUGAAGAGAGCCCAGUUGGCGAGGUGGAGCGGCUGCUGCGAGAAUACAGACAGAACCAGGAGUUGGUCCGAAACAUCGGCGCGCACUACUACCAGAUCAUAUACCCCGUUCAGCUGCGCCACCACGAGAAAAUGGGCAUUUCCACGAGAGAAGUCAACACAAUGAAGGGUCGAAUAUACAAUACGGAUCAACAACAGGGCACGAGAUCCCGCGCAAGGAUCUCACCUAGACACGCUUUAGUAUUCCAAGUAGCGGCGCUCUUAGGCCGAACAGAGGAAGCAAUUUCAGCGGAUAGAUACAAGCUUCUUCGAGAACUGCAAAUGGGACAUGCCUGGCUGCGUGCAUGCAUACAAAUCGCUGCACCCGACUGCGCGUCGCAGCUCCGUCGCUUGAUAUCAUCUCACGUCUAUCGGAGCGAGUUAAAAUGCCUCACCGUCGUAACCUGCUCGCGCACACUCGGCGCGAGUGAUUCAAUUAUAUUCUCUUCAUCUCUGCCAAGUCGAAUGAUAAGUCGAAUGGUGUCCCGUAAUGCAGUAGAAGCCGCAGCGCUAGCUGGCACCAGUUCAGGCGCUCUAGAGUGGAGUGCACCAAACCUGCCAACUGAAUUUAUUAGAUUCGCCCAC